AGCAUUUGUAGAGCGACUGCAGGUGGUCGAAUUGUUUUCCUGAAGUGCAAAUAAACGAAAGAAAUAGUUUCUGUGACAAACCGCAACAACGCAACAUUUCCAGUUGAUGUGAUUCGUACGUAUCCUCUCGAGAACUUGAUGAACUACAUUGAACAGUCGGGACGGUGUGACUUACCGUAGGAGCGGAAAGGUGUGAAGCUGUAACACCGAAUUUAUGUGCCGACGAAUUUAUGAGCCUGCCAGCAGAAGGAUUUGGAUUUGCCCCUUCGCUAUCACACCCAAAAUCUCAGCCAUAGCGCAGCGUGUGCGAUUUGUCGCGAUACUUUGAACACGUUCUGUGGCACCGUAUUCGGCCAUAAAUACCCGGUUUGACCAUGGAUAACUUGAGAAAUUUGUUCGGACAAGUGUCCGCCAUGACGUCAAUGAAAUCAUCAACGGCGAGCCCCUCGUUCUCGUCGGGCACGGCUGGAAGCAAUAGGUCCGGCUCCGGCUCAGGCUCCGGCUCCAGCGGCGGGUCAUUCUCCAGCAGUAACGGCACGAUGAACCCACGUAAAACGGCUGACCGGGACAGUUACUACUACAUCAUGUGGCGUUCUUAGCUUCGGAACGGUUUCAGCUUUACUGUGCAGCUUUCCCGUCGGGUACAGAGAAAUAUUCCUAAUCCUCACAGCAUAUUCACGAAUUCUCUACCACCCAUCGGCUGCAUUCAGAGAGAGAGAGAGAGAGAGAGGAAAACAGUCUGGAACGUGGGGAACCGGAAAUCGGGAGACUGGGAGAUAACUACCAGCUAAAACGGAUAAGCCGGAGCAAUAAUAAUAAUAAUGCUUUCGCUGAUUGGUGCUAACCAGUUAUGGAUGGUCGCAAUCUGGACCGGAUUACUGCUGGUCUUCAGUCCAGUCCUGUUUGUGGUUAGUGUGUGCCUACCGGAAUUGCCAUUGUUGCUGAUUAGACGCCUGAACCACAUCCCGUUUGAUUCCGUUUGACCGCGAAUGACUCCGGGACAGAAAUGGCACCCAAAUGCAGGAUUCUCUAUCUGGUAGGUGGAUAAAUGAAACAAAUUGUUUGCGAGACUGCUUUUAUUUAUUGUACAAGUAACCGAUACAGAAAACGAGAACAGAUUUCACUUUUUUACAGAUUUCUAUUAAUUUGUAAAAAUGAAAAAUAGAUACAGUAGACAAAUACCAGCAGCAGCAGCUCACACAGGAGAUAAAUACCAUCGACACACAUCCUAUCGAUGUAAACAUAACCCAGACUUAAAGAGUGCAAUAUGCAUCCGCGAACCAGUAUACCUGUCCCCGGAGGCCAUAGCGUAAUUGAACUGAUACUGAACCGAUAUGUGAUUAUUUUACUAACUCAUUACCGUACCUUUUCUCUGUCCCUUCGGCAAUGGACACAAAGAUAGUGAGGAAGAUUGUAUGAAGAGAAGCGCAAGAAAAAGGUACUGACCAGUUACAUUGAAUCACGGAGUAAACGGAGCGAAGCGAAUGAAAUUCUACAUUAGAAAAUCGCCAAAACGCGCAGUGCCUUGCAAGUGCCUUUCGGUGAACAGUGACGAAGAUAUUUUGACAAGAGUGUUUUGUACGUACAUUUACUAGCUCUAAGUAUUAUACCUAAAAUAAAGACACAUUUUUCA